AUGUUACAGGUUGAAUGUAUCAUAAUGCAGUCUAUAGCAGGUGUUAUGGAAGAAAAUUUAAUAAAAUGCUUAGUAUUAAGAUAUACAUAUAGAAGAUUUUCAUUUAUGAUUAGAAAAAGAAAGCUUAGGCAACAUGGUAUUAAUAGAGCAGGAAUGUUAAUACCUAAUGGCAAUUACUGUCUAUUUGAAGAUUGGAUUAUGCUUACAUUAGAUACAAUGUUGGCUGAACAGGAAGAGAAGGAUAUGAUUUGAACACCAUCUAAAGUAAUAGCAAGACUAGGUGUAGAAAUUAAUAACGAAGAUUUAAUAUAUUAUGGUGCUGAAAAAAAUAAUUUAAUUCUGGUGUUCAGCCCCACUUUGUCAGAUGGCAAUCUUCACUUCUAUAGGAAUCCAGGUUUAAUUAUAGACAUAAUCUCAGAUUUGAACUUGUAAAAUAAAGUUUAGAAUUUAUAUAUAUAAUUUAAUUUAUUUAUUAAAUAAAUAUAGAUUUUAUAAAUAUUGCAAACAAGAAAUAUAACAAAUAUAUAAUACAAUGAUAUUAAAUAUAUUGUAUGUUACUUAUUGUA